CUAUAAUGGCUCAAAACCAAGCAUCUUCUUCUACUUCUAUUGUGUCAAAAUACCGUUACGAUGUUUUUCUUAGUUUUUGUGGAGAUGAUACCCGUUUUGGUUUCACUGGUAAUCUGUACAGUGCUUUGAGUGAAAGGGGAAUCUUGACCUUCAUCGAUGAUGAAGCUCUCAGAAAGGGAGAAGAGAUCACACCUUCUCUUCGCAAGGCAAUCCAAGAAUCCAGGAUAUCCAUCAUUGUUUUCUCCCAAAACUAUGCUUUCUCAACAUUUUGUUUGGACGAACUUCUCCAUAUCAUUGAGUGCCGAACAAAACAGAACAUGCUGAUUUUUCCAGUGUUUUAUGACGUAGAGCCAUCACAAGUGCGAAAUCAAACAGGGAGUUACCAAGAAGCAUUUGCAAAGCUUGGUGAAAGAUUCAAAGAUGACAUUCAGAAGCUUCAACAAUGGAGGCGGGCUUUGUAUGAUGCUGCUAAUUUGUCUGGUUUGCAUUUCAAAUCUGGUGAAAAGUAUGAGUCUAAUAUAGUGAAAAAGAUCAUAAAAGAGAUCUCCGAUAGUUUUAAGCGGUCUCCCUUACAUAUUGCUGAGUAUCCUGUUGGUUUGAAAGAUCGGAUGCAACAGAUACAAGAACUCAUGGGUGGUGAGUUUGAUAAGAAAGUGACCAUGCUUGGGAUUCAUGGAAUGGGAGGAAUAGGAAAAUCAACUCUUGCACGUGCGAUGUACAACUUGAUGGAAGAUCAAUUUGAAGCUUCGCAAUUUCUUGCUAAUGUCAGGGAAAAAGGUCUGGUGCAUAUCCAAGAGACAAUGCUGUCUGAGUUGGUGGGGGAAAGAAAUAUCAAGUUAGGAGAUGUGCAUCGAGGAAUUCCAAUACUACAACACAGACUUUGUGGGAAAAAAGUCCUCCUUGUGCUUGAUGAUAUUAGCAAAAAAGAACAAUUGCAAGCAACUGUUGGAGGACUUGAUUGGUUUGGCCCUGGUAGCAUCGUCAUCAUAACAACAAGGGAUAAGCAUUUGUUAGAUGUUCAUGGAGUUCAAAAACAGUACAUGGUUGGUGAAAUUAACCAUAUGGAAGCCCUUGAAUUGUAUAAGUGGAAUGCUUUCAAGAACAAAGAAGUUGAUCCAUGUUACAAGGAAGUCAUAAAGCGUGCAGUGUGGUAUGCCGAUGGCCUUCCAUUGGCUUUGGAAACGAUAGGCUCGCACUUAUCAGGAAAGAAAGGGAAGAAAACCUUGAUCAAUGCCUUUAUAGAGAUUAUAACAUUUUCUGUCACUUGGCAAGAAAAAGUUUAG